AUGACUCAACAGCUCCCCAAGGAUGUAUAUGAUGUCCAAACAAUCAAAACUGAUAAAUGGGUUCAAAUUCUCAAAGAACAUGAAUAUGAAGGCAUUAUUAUCGAUAUUCAUGUCAAUCAAGGUCAUGCAGGUCGAGAUAUUUGUGAAUCAGUUGCUUCAUCAAUGUAUUACAUUCCAAAGUUCCAAGAAAAAUUCCAGAAGGUAAAAAGUUCUUGCGAGAGUUGCAGAACUAAAGAGGCAUCUAAAGCUAUCGUAUUGGAAAAUCAUUAUGAUCCUACUUGUGUUGGAGAAUUAGUUUUUGUUGAAUGUGCAUUCUUUCCCAAAUGUGGAACAACUGAUGGUUGGGUAGUAUUUGUUGAUGGUUUAUCCAAAUAUGUGUUUGGAUUUAUAUUAUACUCUAGCAAAAAGUCAAGUGUUAUUGCCUCUCAUGCCCAGCAAGUAAUUGAUUUCUUCAAGGCAAGAGGUGUGAAUAAGGUUACUUUUGUGUCUGACAACGGUGGUGAAUUCAAAUCUCAAGAAAUUGAAGAGUUUUGUUCCAGCCAAGUAGGCAUUGAGGUUAAAUGA